AUGGCGGCUGAUUUCGAAAAGCAGAGUUACUGGCACGAGCGCUUCGCGUCCGAAAAGGCCUUUGAAUGGCUCCUCCCAUCCGCCGAGUUCACCUCUAUCAUCGAGCCCGCUCUUGACCGGCUUGACCCGGACACGGCCCGUAUCCUCCACAUCGGCUUCGGCACAAGCGACCUUCAAAAUCACUUCCGUGCCCGGGGCUUCCGUCAUGUUUUAAACGUCGACUACGAGCCACUUGCCAUUGAGCGUGGCCGCGAUCUCGAAAAGAAGGCUUUUGGAGAUGUUCAGAUGCGUUACGCUGUUCAAGACGCCACUCAGCUGGACCUGAGCGAAAAGUUUGAUCUUGUCGUUGAUAAAAGCACUGUCGACGCCAUCUCAUGCGGCGGCGUAACGGCGCUGCGCCGCAUGGUUGCUGGUGUCAGACGCUGUCUUGCAGAUGAUGGUAUUUGGGUAUCAUUAAGCUUCUCGGCCUACCGCUUCAAUCUUCAUGAUUUACCUUUCGACAUUGAAGUACUUGCCAAAAUCCUCACCCCAAAACUAUCACCGAAUGAUCCAGACAUUUAUCACUGGUGCUACCUUUUGCGACCAAAACACGACACACCCUUUGGCUCGCCGUAUUGUUCAGAUGACAAUACUCUCGAAUAA